AGUUAAGAAUAAAUACAGAGGAGUGACAUUGAUAAGACAUACCAUGAAGAGGUUGGAAAGAGUGGAGAGUGAUGGCCAGUUUGUUAAAAACCAUAUGAGAUUUUAGAGGGUAAACACUUACUAGAUAAUGAGCAGGAGCAUGGCUUUCUGCUGAAGUGGUGGUUGCCUUGACAAUGUUGAUGGAAAAGGUUAGAAGAAGCUGCUUUGUGUCUGUAUGACUCUAGAGGCAGCAGAAGAUCGGAUGAAAAGAGAUGAAUGUUGAAGUGUGAGGAAGUUAUGUGUGGGAAAGAAAUAUGUGAGGGCGGGCAGGACAUGUACAACCAGGGAGAUACAUAGUGGUGAGGUGUGUGAAGUGUGUGAUCAGAGUGACAGAUGUCUUCAGGGAGGUGAUGGGGAAUGCGUCUGGCAUCAGCUCUUAGUCUCUGGUUAGAAUCACGACAGGCUGAUAAGAAGUCAGGAAGGAGUCUCCAUUGACUAUCUUGUUUUCAUAUGGCAUUGUGAUGGCAUCCUUAUGUAUCUGUGGGGAGCAGCCUGGUGAGGAUGAUGUGAACUGAACUGAAAGUCAGAAGAAGACAACAUGUGUGCAAAUGAGGCAGGGAGGGAAGCUGAAAGAUGAAGAGGUUCCACUUUUACCUGAAUUCAACUAAUGAACCUACACAUCAGUUCUGCAUGUCUUAGAUGUGUCUCUGUUCCAGUACACCUGAUUCAAAUGACUGCAUGACCUCCUCCGCACACCUGAAGUCUGUUAAUCACCCACUUAUUCAAGUCAGGUGUCUGGAAGAAGGGAAACACCUAGAACAUGCUGGGCAAUGGAUCCUGGGGACCAGGAGUCAGAAACACUACUCUAGUGAGACAGUCGCGUUAUCCACAGUUGCUCAGCGUUUUUUACAUGGUCAGUUGGACAUAGAGUUGCAGGAGAAUGAGCAGACUAUAAUCCAGUAAAAGGUCCAUGACAUAAACUUGUUUUUAGUAGCACUCAUAAAUCAUAUUACAGUGGCCAGUUAAGUGACUGUGGAAUCUGCUGCUUUACAGGUGCUCAUAAAAAGUAUUCCCUUGAAUUGGAUGUUUUACCUUUUUUUACUGUUUUUCGCAGACUUUUUUUAGUCUACACGUUACAUUUGAUCUGUAAGAUGAAGCUAUAACAGUCAUCUCAUCUCAUUAGCUUAACAGAGACUUAGCGAUUUCACUGGGUUAAAAUGGUAGAAAAGAUUUGUACAUUAUCAGCAUAGCAGUGAAAAAACAGAUUGUGUUUCACUUUGACAGAUCCUGAAGCCAGAAUGUAGAUAUAAAACAGGACAAAUCAAAAGAAUGGAAAAUUCUGUGACAUGCUGACUGAAUUUUCCAAGGAUCCAAUUUUCUGUGGUCUCUCUGUGGGAUCCAGCAGUACCAGUACAUGGACAUGUAGCAUCAGGUGCCCGGCUGAUUUCAUAGUGAAAUUUUAAAAGAGCUGACUCUGCACUGUGUCCAGAUCUGAACCUUGACAACUUCCACUGAGCCAGGUUCUGCUGCAAGGGAAUCGUUUUUUUCCACUCUCACUUCCUCAUGGAUGUGUUGCAUUUACUCAAUAAGCAUCAUGCAGUAUGAUCAAGUGACUCUGAUUGGACUUUAUUAUAUUUGGGGAGAUAUGUAAAAUGAAUGACAUGAAUGCCAUGAUAAAAUUGUAUUAUAUAAUAGUAUAACAAUAUCAUCAUCAUCAUCAUCAUCAUCAUCAUCAUCAUCAUCAUCAUCAUCAUCAUCAUCACUUAUUCUGGUUAUUCUGGUCUGUUUUUAACGCUCAUAUUGUUGCUGUACUUUCAAUCAGCUGUGUCACAUUAGCUUCAGUCUUCAUUUAAAGAGUGGUGAGUGGCGUAUGGUAGUUUCCAAGCAACACGCACUGCCAUGGUCAUACAAACUUGCGUCAUUUCCUACAAAGACUCCAGAGCGCGACCCGUUCCGCGCUCUCUUCCAGCUGCGCUCACAGAGAGCUUCGUCGCAGAAAGGAGCAGAUUCUCUUUUCGUAGAGAUAUUCAUAGUUAGAAUAUGGUUAUGCGGUUUUUCAAAUAGGCUUAUUGAAGAUUCACAUGAAUGAAAACAGUUUUUGUUGCGUUUGAUAUAUUCCAUCUCACCGGACAAUCAGAGUCGCAGCGGUGCGUCCCGUUCAGAACCCCGGUGCAGCUCGUGUUGAGCCUGCAAUAAAGAGAGGACGGAGCAGCACGUUGCCCUCUGAUUUCGGAGCUGGAGAAACGUAGACCUCAGAUGGGAAAAUGUGUUUCUUUCCGUGACAAUCUGGGCGCACUCCAGCGCCAUUACGCACUUAUAUUACCGGUCACCUGUUGAUGCCUGAAGCUCGGGGAGCUGUUUAAAUUUGUUGGUGGGCGAUGUGAAGUGACCGGCGCUGGACCAAAUGCCCGAUCCGUCCACAGGUCUGCAUGGCACGCUGUUUCUCCGUUAUGCGGUAGGAUGAGCGCUGAUCUGGAGCGCGCUUCGCCCAACACAUCGGUGAACUCGGCCGGCGUAGGGAGCCGUGCGCUCUCGACAAAUGUCCGAAGGCUCCAUAACACACUCAAUGUGCUGCUAAGUGACCUGGAGAGAGAGCAAUUUAUCCACUGUCUAAAUGUUUACCACGCCAAACGCAACGUUUACGACCUGGUCCAGACUCUCAAAGUGAUUCUCAACACGCCCGCGAAGCGACAGCUGUUGCCCAUGCUGCGUCUCGUCAUCCCCAGGUCCGACCAGCUCCUCUUUGACCAGUACACCUCCGAGGGGCUCUACCUGAAAACAGACCUGCUGCCCAGCAACGGCAGCGCGGAAAGCUUCGGAGAUGAGGGCGAUUCCACUCUGCAGUCGUAUAUCAGCUCAGUCUGCGAGCAGCCUCUCACGACGACUUGUCCGGAACCGACUGUUUCCACGGCCCCGCUCUUCAGCGAGGGCCUCUUCGGAGAAGUGCGUCAAGUUACCCUGACGCGCUCCAGGAGCCAAGAAGGUCUAGGUUUUAGCAUCCGCGGGGGGUCAGAGCACGGCGUGGGGAUCUACGUGUCGCUGGUGGAGCCGGGCUCAUCGGCCGAGAGGGAAGGACUGAGGAUCGGGGACCAGAUAGUAGCAGCGAACGACUCGGUGUUUGACUCUGUCUCUCACACAGAGGCGGUGAAGGUGUUGAAGGGAUGUAAGAAGCUGACCAUGUCAGUGUGCUCAAUGGGUCGCAUCCCAGGAGGCUACAUGACCAACCGAGUGUACAGCUGGCUGGACCCUCAGGGCCGGAGUGUGUCUCCACCACCUGAUAGCCAGGAGGCCGACCUGAGACAAGGACACGGCGUGGAGGAGAGGACGGUCAACCUGAAUAUGGACAACGGUCGCUCUCUGGGUCUAAUGAUAAGGGGUGGGGCUGAGUACGGACUGGGGAUCUACAUCACAGGAGUGGACCCUGGAUCUGCUGCUCAUGUUGGUGAACUCAAGGUGGGCGACCAAAUUCUGGAGGUGAAUGGUCAGAGCUUUGUCACUAUCUCCCAUGAUGAGGCAGUUAACAUCCUCAAGUCAGGGCACCACCUACUAAUGAGGUUGAGGGAUGUGGGCCGUCUGCCUCAUGCACGUACAAUUGUGGAUGAGACCAAAUGGAUCUGUGGUCAGGUCAUCGCUGAGACCAAUGCAACAUCUGGCCUAAAUUCUGUCUCACAUCCUAGUGUUGGUGCUGUUGGUCAUUCAAGCAUCAGUGCCAGUGGCAACAAUACAAGACCGUCAUCUGCCAGAGCCACACCUGUAUUUGGAAAGUCGGCUGGGUACAGAGGUGUUAGCCCACCUGGUGCUCAGGUGUCUCUGGAGCAACAGGCCUACAUGCUGCUGACAGAACAGGAGAGGCAGACCAUGGCCUACUACCUGCAGGAGUAUCAGCAAGGACACAUCAUUGUGGAGCCAUUGACCAUGGCUCUUUCUGAGCUUUUCAACACCCAUGCGAAGUUGUCCUUGUUGUCUGAGGUCAGGAGUCUAGUGGCUCCUCAGGAUCUGGAGGUGUAUGACAGGCUGGUGUUGCACCAUCAAAGAGAGGCUCAUCAGGCCUGGCAAGGAGGUCUCAGAGUGCUACAUCAAUCAGGCCAUUGCAGCCAUGCAGGUCUUGUGAUACAUGAUGCAGGACAGAUCAGCCAUCCAGUGGCUGAAGCUUCCACUGGCAACUGGAUAGAAAAAGAACAAGAAAAGAACAGGAAUGGCUUCCGAAACAUUUCACUGGAUGAAGCGAGGUCUUCUCCUCCACCUUUCAGGGCUGCACCUGUCCAGGCCCAGAAUAUUCAAACCAGAGACAAAGAGCUCAGUCAGCGGCCUGCAGCCCGGCUACUGCAGCCCAGUUCCAGUGUACCCCUUCCUGGUCCCACUCGCCUGCUUCAAGAAUGCUUCCACAAGUCACUAAAGUCCUUCCCUACGUCCCAGCAGCCCUUCUCAACAUCUGCCCAGCAUACAUGUGCUGCUACAAAACAUCAUACAUCUCUCAGUACACUCCAACAUACCUGCCAGAGCACCCCUCACCUCUCUGGCUCAGAACAAUACACCCAUUCACACUUCACUCAGCAUACUGGCCACUUCAACCGGCUCACUUCAGGACACCAAACAUGUCCGGGCUUCCUGCACCAUCGGGACUCCUCCAUAUUUGUUCAACCAGAGGCAGCAGUAAAACUUUCUUCGCGGUCAAGCUCAUAUGAAAAGUCAUCUGUUUUUUCAAAGUCUGCCUCCUCCUCUAAAGAAGCAUCUCCAAUGCCAUCACCUCAUCCAUCACCGCGUCCUUCGCCGUGUCCUUCCCCAUGUCCCUCUCACAUGAUACCUGCCUCUCUAUCAUGUAGUCCAGACCGGCCAUGCUCACCUGCCCUCACCCACAAAAUCAUUGUUACAGACAUGAACCGGCUGUCUGCAGACUCCAGACAACAGCAAAGAGGUGCCCUGUCUCAGUUGUCAGACAGUGGUCAGACUCUGAGUGAAGACAGCGGUGUAGAUAUAGGAGAGACCGGCGGUCUAACUAAGGAUGGCAGCCCAAGACCAACCAAGAAUAAGCAGGGCCAUCUGGAACUCCAAGGGGCCCACACGCCUCCUACAGGGGCCACAAGACAACAGACAAGCUCACCUAUUUCAGCACUCAACACUGCCUUAGUCAGAGUGGUGAAAAAUUCCAACACGUUGGGCAUUGCUAUAGAGGGAGGAGCGAAUACAAGACAACCUUUGCCACGCAUUGUGACCAUUCAGAAAGGAGGCUCAGCUCAUAACUGUGGCCAGCUGAAGGUUGGCCAGGUCAUCCUAGAAGUCAACGGAAUUUCCCUGAGAGGACAGGAACAUGAAGAGAUCGCCCGAAUCAUUGCUGAAGCUUUCAAGACCAAAGAGAGGGACCACAUCGACUUCCUGGUGGCUGAGCUAGGGUUCUAGAAAAAAGACAGUCGCUCAGUACACUUUAAUUGGAAAAGAUGUUGUUAUGCACCAUUGAGAACUCUCAAUUAACACCCUCUAUUAAACAUCCUCAAUUCAUUUCAGGGUUAUGGAUACCACAAAGGUGUGUUGGAUUUCUGCUUACAUCUCUCUAUAGAAAUUUGUACAAGCUAAUUAUAGAAAAGGAUGUUAGAUUAAUAUUUAAUAUUUCAUAAAUAAUAACUUAGUCAAAUGUUAUUAGUUUAGUUUUAUAACAGGAAAUAUUCUAACUGUGUAUGUGUUUUGUUUAUUAUGUCAGUGAGAGGGAAAAAUAAUAUUAAGGCAGAAAAAAAAUCUCAUCACACAAACCAUUUUAAAAAUCAAGGGAAAAGAAAUAAUAAUAAUGAAUGCAAUAAUGGAGAAGAAAGAAAUAGGCAGAAGUGUUGCUACUUCUUAAUUUGGCAAUACAUUUAGAGAAUGUGAUUUGUAAAAUAUUACUAUCACUAACAUUUAAUUAACUUCAAAUCAAAAUUCAGAAGAGAACAUGUGAAUUUUCAAGAUGCAGCAUUCUCCAACUAAAAGAAAACUUAAAUGUUGACUCAAAAAGCUGAUGGAUAGAAAUGGAAAGUCAGCUCCUCACUAUCACUGGACAACUGAUUAGUUCAGACUAUUGAAAAACUGUUUUUUAGGCCUCCAUUUCCAGUUAUAGAAAAACAAAAGUUUUCAUGAGUUUUCUUUUAUUCUACAGCUUGUAGAAGCACCAUUAGCAGCAAUAGUUGUUCAUAAUUAUCUUGUGCAUGAUGUUAUUAAUUUCUGGUGGUAAUUUCUGCCUUCGGCGACAUCUGGAAUCUUUUCUUAAUCUAAUUUGGUUAACUCAGUGACAUCAAGGUGAGCAGAUCCUAAGGCUGCAAAACAUGCCUUAAUCAACUACCUCUAACCUUGAAAGCUAGAAUGAUACAUUGAAUUUAGCUUUGAAUCAGCAUUAUGGCCACUUUCCACUCUCAUUUGGAGUGACUUGUCAUAGAUUCACAAGUCUUAUGGUUCAUUAUUAAAGUCUUAAAUCCAAUUGCCAAAUUCAUUUUAGACAGGAGGUUUUCUUUUGGCAAACCUUUUGAACGAGUCAUAUUCAGUCUAUCACUUGCCUAUAUUGCUGCUGUUAACGGUAACAUUUAGCAUGCUAACUGGGGUCUACAGAGCAGGGGAGGUUAGGGAGGAAAAGUUAGGACAAUUCCGAUGGCCCCUGACUGACAAAGAGCUCUGCCACAAAAUAAUUGUUUUUUUAUACAUUUUUUUUAUUUUGGUAUUGAAAUAGAAAACAAUUUGGGGGCCUUGUCAGUAACAAAAUUUAUAUAUUUUUCUUAAUUCCCAGACCAAAAAACACACAUUCAUAUUUGCACUGACCCCCGCCCGCCACCCCCACCCCGGAUCUGUAUGAAAUGAUUUGAUCCUGUUUUGCACACUCGAUGGUGCAGGUGUUCAGCGUCAGUCAGUAGAAAAGAAAAACGACUGUGGCAGUUACUAUGCUGCCAAGAAAAUUAAUAAAAUCAGGUUUUCAAAAAGAGAGAGAAAAAAGUCGAGAGUGUCUAUUUGUAACCCAGUUUUUUUCCAACUGAGGUGGGUAGACUGUGACAUUAUCAACCAUUUAGCAUAGUUAGCUUAGCUAGAGACCACCACUUUUCCCCUCAAUUUCACUUUUAUUACAUUCAUUAAUGAAGGACGGAAGAAAUUACCAAUCUAUUCAUAUACACUGCUCAAAAAAAUAAAGGGAACACUUAAACAGGUGUUUAACACUUAAGGUGUUCCCUUUAUUUUUUUGAGCAGUAUAUUUAACUUGCCCCUGUAUCUUUCAUCGGAUUUAACAGAUGAGUUAGCGCUCACUGUUGUUAAGUGUUGUUAGAGACACCAAGAUAAAACCUUUCUUCUGUCCCAGUGAAAAAGGUGAGCAACACUGGGUUCAGUGACAAGCUAGUUAGCAUCAUUCCAGGGAAUCUAUGUGGAUUUCUCUUGUCUUUCUGCUGUUUUUACAGUUACACAACAAAAACAACAUAUUUAUUACUGGCAGAAAUUCAAUCAAUCUUUAUAAAAUGAUAAUAUAAGGCAGUCUCCUGUCCAUUAGCACACUUAGCAGUGAAUGAAUGAGGUUGAUUGACAGCGCUAAGACCCUCCUCCUGGUUCUGAUUGGUUGUUUUUGUUCGGAACGUUGCAUUACUUUAGCUAGCAAUAGUAAUUCAGGGAGGAGGUGGAAGAGAUUGAUCUUUUCACAUAUUAUCUGCCUCUUGGCAAACUGUCACGACAUAGUGACAGCUUUAAUAAAAUUGGAAAAAACAUUUUUUAUUAAAGUUAUAUAGUGCUGCUUGAACAAAAUGGAACAACAUAGCAUUUUUUGAGAAGUCUGGAUUGCUUUGUGUAUAUUUUACAUGUUGCCUGUUGCUGAUGGGUAGAGACCUUUCAGUAAGCUAAAACUAACGUAAAAAAACUAAGCAACCUAUUUGCACACAGUCUGCGGACUGUUGCAUGUGAAAAUUAACUAGAAGUAAAUAUUUAAGUAGGAUCAGUUUUGGACCAAAGAAAGCAAGGCAGUUGCGAGCCUUCAAAAUUGUGACGCUUUUGAUGGGUCAGAUGGAGUCAAGAAAAUGUAACAGCAGCUGCGCUGGAGGGGCCUAAUUAAAUUUUCUGUCAUGGGGCCCAAGAUUCCUGGCUGCGCCCCCGAUCAUAUCAAGAUAUCAAGAUUCAAUGCUCUUGAGUCUAUGGAUAUGAUAGAAAAUGUUAACCUCAAUUUUAAAACGGUCAUGUCUAUACAUGCAACCAUAUGUCCAAGCAAGUUUAGCAGAGAAGAAUAUAAAUUUGCACAAACAGAAAUUACAGUCGGGUUCCCUGUUGGAGUGGGUGAACAUCCAUGCUUUGCAUUGCUUGUUCUGCACACUCUGCAGGCUUGGAGCCCUAAAUUACUCAAUUCUACGGAAAAGCGAUGAAGCCACUCUGUAUUUAUUUACGUUUUUAAAACAAUUACCCACAUAAACCCAAUCAUGCAAAAACAGGGAUGCAGUCAAGAGCUUACAGACCUUAAUGAGCUGCUGCACCGGCUGAUUGACAGGAAACUGAUAAGACAGAAGUCAGCUGAAAGAGUGGAAGGGAUUCUAAAACUCCAAGAACGUAACUUGAGUUUUGAGUGUCUAAAAUUUAUAUUAAAUUUAGAUUUUUUAUUAUUAUCUUUUGUAAUGCUUGAUCUGAUUUAAAAAUGUAAAGUCAUUAAUUAUGACAAUAUACAUUUUACUAAUCUAGAAGUGUUUGCAGGUAAACAAAACUGUUUUGUGUGUCAUUUGUAGCUAUUCCAUAUUUUUGCAAUAGAAUCAUUCUUUGAAUUAGCAGCUAUAUUGCUGAUUCAAAUUAUAAAAGUAUGUAAAGGUGUACAGGUCUACAAGCCAAAAAUAUAUUGAAUUUAAAAUAGUACACUAAAAACAAUUCACAACAGAAAUGUUUUUUAAAAGUUAAAUCUAGUAAAAGAUUCAGACUUUUUAAUGCAGGUGACUUAUUUGCGUCGCUCGCCACCUGUGGCAAGAAUCUAAUGACAUCCCAGCCAGAAUACGUGAUAUUAGAAUAUAUACUGCUACAGUAUAUUUUAGGACAAAUCUGUUUUUUUUUUUGUGAUUAUCUUCUUGAAAUGCAGUGAUGUAGUCCAGCUACAGUCACAUUGAGAUGAUUACUAUAAAACAUAUAUUUUAAAAUGUUUUUUUGAGUCAAGGAAGAUUCUGAUUCAUAUCUGAAGUGUUGGUUUGAUGAUGUGCCAUUUCAAUGAAACAUAUAAACUACACAAUAAUAUAUACUACAUAUAGAGACUGCACAUAGAUUUAUAGAAGUGUAUUUACAAAAAAUAAUAAAACUGUUGGAUUAUUAUUUAA